AUGGAGUUUUCACUCCAAGACGAGUUGAGCGCUUCGAGCGAUCUCAACGACUAUGUGUUCCCCUCGAUCGACUUUGAGGUGAUGGAACCGGCCCUGGUCAACGCGACGUUGAACGGUCAGUCAACUCUGUCCAUCUACGGCGCCUUGCGAAGAGCGAGUGUGACACCCGCUGACCCCCCCCCUUCCUUGUAUCUCCACAGGUAUUGUCGAUACUAUUACGGGCGAUUGCUCGACGAUCCAGGAGGCCGAGGUGUUUGAUACGUUCAGGUCCAUGCUCAAGUAGGUUCUGUCCCCCCGAGUCAUGCCAGCUCAGCCUAGAGGAGACCACCACUGAACACCCACCCACACCCACCCACACACACACACACGUAGAUACGCCGAACACCUCCAAGGACCAACCCUCAACAAAUUGCUCGACUCGAUAUGCUCGGGUCAGUCGCAGUAGUGGUACCGCACUCCGUCGGAGAGAGCGCGCCGGAGGAUGUUGACUGACCCUCGACACUCGCGAUCCCAGGCUUCUCGGCCGAGAUCGAAUCCACCUCCAAGGACAAUGACCCCACCGACCACGCCGCGUAUCGAUCCCACAAACAAGCGCUCGAGAUGUACGCCUUCCUGUUGCAGUGGUUCGUCUCGACCGCCGAGAAGCUGGCCCAAUCCCAGCAUGCCGGAGAAGACGUCGCUUUGACAGCCGCGGGCAAGAGGGCACGUUUGCAUAGACUAACGACCCGUGAGUUUGGGGCAAGACUGACGUGGUACUCUUGUCGCACCGAGCAGAAGAAGGUGACCAAGGCCUCGGCCAGGAAACGACGCGACGACUUUUCCUGGAUCGAAUCCAUCCCCGAAGCGCUCGGGGUCAUGUCCAAGGCCUUGCGUUUGAGGACCGAGAGGAUUUGGCAAACGACCGCCGAACGCGAUACCCUCGUCUCGUAAGUGGCCCCGCUCUAGAAUCUACGUCGGUGAGAAUCCAAGACCGACUUUCCUCUCUCUCUCCAUGAUAGGAACUGCUUCCUGAAACCGGUCAACCUGAUCGCCGAAAACGAGACCUACGUCAAAGUCGGCGAGAUCAAAACGGGCCUCUUCAAAGUGCUCUGCGUCGCCGCCAAAUCGCAUGGCCAGGCGUUGAGCGUCCAAAUGACGAUCAUGCAGAACCUCCAAUACCACGAACAUCUCUCCGAGACCAUGGCCGAACUCGUCCACUUGCUCAUGAAGGAAUUCGACUACUCGCAAUUGGGUGAAGACGUCUUGAGGGAGAUCGCGAAUCGACAUUUCAACGGCGCCGAUUCCAAGGGUCCCCGCUCGUUCUCCAAGUUCCUGAUCCGAUUGGCCGAGAUCUCCCCUCGGUUGAUCUUGAAGCAGAUCGCAUUGUUGCAAACCCACCUCGAUUCGGAGUCGUACCCGAUGAGGAACGCCAUCUUGGAAGUCAUCGGUCUGCUCGUCAAGGAACUGUCCAUUACCGAAGGGUUGGACAUGGAACCCGAGGUGCAGAAACGACAACUCGAAGCCUUUUACGACGUCUUGUUCGAACGCCUGCUCGACCUCAACUCGUACGUGCGCUCCAAAGUCGCCACGAUCCUCAUCAAGACGUGCGACUUGCCGACCAAACAACCCAAGAUCCGUACGCGUCUGACCGAAUUGACGAUCCGUUCGUUGGAGGACAAGUCGAGUCAAGUCAGGAAGAACUGUAUUGCUCUUUUGACCAAGUUGAUCUUGACCCAUCCUUAUGGGAGGAUGCAUGGUGGGGAGUUGGAGAUGAGCGAGUGGAGGGCCAGGUACGAGGCGCUUGAGAAGGAGUUGAAGGUCUUGGAUUUGCCGGGGGUCGAGGAAGCGGCUGCUUUGGCUGAGGCGAGGGAGUUGAUGGCUGAUUCGGAUGAUGAGCAAGAGAAUGAGAAUGAGGAGGACGCACAGGCGGGUGAAGAGGGCGAGGAAGCGAGCGGCGACGACGAUGGCGAGUCUUCGGACAGUGAUGGACCACCAAAGCCCAGGAAAGAGAAGCAUGCGAAAGAGGCGGUUCGAGCUCGACCCCGGAAGUCCGACGGGAUCGAUCUCGCAGCUGCCGAUCAAUCCGAGAUUCUGCAACGCGUCGACGAGGAGACGCUCACACGUUUGCGCCUGACCAAACGCUACUACUCCGACGCGAUCACCUUUAUCGAGCAACUCGACCGAGCCAUGGACACCGUCGCUGAUCUACUGGCUUCGACGGUCAAGUCCGAGGUAUUGGAAGCGAUGGAGUUCUUCAAGACGGCGUCGCAGUACAAGGUCGAGACCGCUGAGAAAGGAGUGAAGAGGAUGCUGCACUUGAUUUGGAGCAAGGACGACGCGACGACGACAUCGGAAGAGGACGGCAAGGAGUUGAAGGGCAUUCGAUCGAGGUUGAUCGAAUGCUAUUCACAGCUCUACUUUGAGGCGAGGCCGGACAUGACGCCCAAGGAACAUGUGAAUCGCGUGACGCAAAACGUGAUCGAGUUCACGAGGGACGCCACGCUCGCCGAGUUGACCUCGCUCGAACAGUUAUUGGGGGUCAUGAUGUCCAAGGGUGUCGUCGAGGACGAGGUCAUUGCCAAGCUGUGGCAGGUCUACAGUGAGUCGUGGUAACGCGUUCGACUUGCAUCGAAAAAGCUGUAACUGAGCGGGCGAGCUUCAUUUUCCACCAGGCACCGACAAGUCCAUCCCCAAGUUCCAACGCCGAGGCGCCAUCAUCGUCCUGGGCAUGUUCGCCGCCCCUCGUCCCGAAAUCAUCUCGGAGCACGUCGAGACCCUCUUGCGCAUCGGUCUCGGCGCGCACGGGAAGCUCGACCUCGUCUUGGCUAAGUACACGUGCAUCGCGCUCAGUCGAGUCGCGGGAAGCGUCAAGAAGGUCAAAGGGUCGCUCGACGAUGUUUCGAUCAGACUGCCGAUGGACAGUCCGGUCUUUGCUCGAUUGGCCGGCAUCAUCCAGCAUCCUUCUUCGGACAAGGAAUGGUACGUUCCAGCUUCUGAUCUAUGGAGAACACGGUGCCGAUCUCUCACGUUCUUCUUGAUGGCUCUUCAGGUUCUCGAUGGCCGAGCAGGCGCUCAACACGAUCUACUCUCUCGGUGACCAACCCGAUGCUUUGUGCUCGCUCAUUCUGCGCGAGAUGACGACGCGUGUCUUUGGUCCCAAAGCAGCGGUCCCGUCCCGCGAGACUACACCCGCCGGCGAUGCUGCGGCUGCAGAGGAUGAAUCCGCCCUCGAUGGUAGAGGAGACGAUGAAGCUGCUCCCGCAACCCGAUCGUCGACGCCCGCGCCGGAUGCAGGUGCUCCAAUGAACGGCAAUGCGUUCCACCUGAGUCAACUCAUCUUCGUCGCAGGUCAUUGCGCGAUCAAGCAACUCGUGCACAUCGAGCUCGUCGAACGUGACUUGAAACGACGGAAAGCCGACGAGGACAAGAAAGGCGCAGCCAAAUCAGCGGGUCAGGACGAACUCGAUCAAGUCGCCGGUUCAGUCGAGGAUGAGAUUGGUGAUGUGAUCGCUUCGACGAAGGAGAAGGAAUUGCUCUAUGGUCCUCGUUCGCUCUUGGCCGUCUUUGGUCCAAUGGCGGCGACGAUCGUCUCACAACCUAAGGUGUAUCGCAACUCGAUGCUCAAGACGGCCGCAACGUUGGCGUUGAGCAAGUUCAUGUGCGUCUCGGCGCAGUUCUGCGAGGAACAUCUGAUGAUGUUGCUCAAGGUGUUCGAGACGUCGAGGGAACCGGCCGUUCGAUCCAACAUCGUCAUCGCGCUCGGUGAUAUUGCCGUCUGUUUCUCCACCAUCAUGGACGAGAACAGUGAUCGUUUGUACGCUGGUUUGAACGACAAGGAUCUAACGGUCAAGAAAAAUACGUUGAUGGUCUUGACGCACUUGAUCCUCAACGGGAUGAUCAAAGUCAAAGGGCAAUUGGGCGAGAUGGCGAAGUGCCUCGAGGACGAGGACAAGAGGAUCAGCGAUCUGGCGCACUUGUUCUUCACCGAGUUGUCGGCCAAGGAGAAGGCCAUCUACAACAACUUGCCCGACAUCAUCAGUCAUCUGUCGGCGUCGGCCACCGAGGAGGUGUUCUGCAAAUCGAUGAGGUUCAUCUUUACCUUUGUGGACAAGGUCAGUCCGUUUCCUUCGCCUCCAUGCACAAGAUUCCUCUGCUGACCUUUUCGCACUCUCCUGUCCGCUCCACAGAAACGAGAGGCCGAAACGAUCGUCGAGAAGCUCUGCCAACGCUUCCAAAUGGCGACCGAUGCUCGUCAAUGGCGCGACAUCGCCUUUUGCCUCUCGCUCUUACCGUUCAACUCUGAAGUCGCGGUCAAGAAGUUGGUCGAGGGGUUGCCGUUCUAUCAGGACAAGUUGCACGAGGAGACCGUGUACAAGAGGUUCGGCGAGAUCUUGACCAAGGUGAGUCGAUGAAGAUAUCCAGCUCAUGAGAGGACAAACCGUUCUGAAAGUGCCCAAUUGUUUGAUUCCAACAGGCUACGAACAACAAGGCGACCAAGAACGAACAAGACUUGCAAGAGUUUGCGAACGCGCUCGAGGAGCACCGCGCCAAAGGCAGUGAGGACCAAGAGGUGGCGAGGAAGGUACAAAAGUCGAAGCGCAAGGCCGCUGCGACGAAAACCAAGGCACGACGUAAGUGUUUUGUUGUCGGGUUCGCGCUUGAGCUUGAUCACCUGGAUCGCUGACUCGCCUUUCGUUUACGCUGACUCGUAGCGAGACGCAAGGCCGCGACCGAGACGCCUCCCUCUUCGCCCGAGCGGUGA